AUGGAUAACAAUGAACACGUUCGGCACAGCGGCAAUAGUGAACUAUUGUUAAAAGACGCUGAAGUACACGAUAUGGAAAGCAGGCCUUCUUCAUUCCAGUUUUCGAAGGAGAUAAACAACAAUAAAUAUGUUGAAAACGAAAGACCUAACGACACUUACCUGGAAUAUCAGGUAUUCGAAUGGCUAUCGACUCUCGACGAGGGAGUACUGCAUCUUCUAGACUCAAGUGCUUACCCAAACUUAUCGGAUUCGAGUUGUCAGCAUAUCAACAUUCAACUUGAUCAAAGUUCCCUUCAAAGUUUUCUACUAUGCUAUGAUAACCUAUCCACACACAAAGUUAGCAGUCCGAAUCUUGAGAGUUUGAGUGUACACAUAUGCAUUAAGAAGAAUCCAUAUGGUGGCUUUACGUUAAGAGUUCCAUUUCACCAGAUGAUUCUGCAAAGACUAGUGGCGGAUCAGGUCCGGGUCUUGGUUCCGAGAGAAACACUUCACCUCAUACGCACGGGCCAAUUAUUGUUGCAAUCGAACCACAUUAUUCUACAGCAACAAGAGCUCCUUCUUUCGAAUCAAAAAUUUAGUGUAAUUGCGGAGGAUUUGAGGGUCUUGGUUUCCAAUUCCUCAUACAAAGAGCCCACGAUGCUAACACGUAUCCUUCCGAAUUAUCGGUCAAAUUCAUUUGAGGAGGUCAUUUCCCAUGAGGCUAUAUAUCCAGAUUCGCCUACUCAGAUUAUCUCUCAAGAAAUAACCAUCAAUAAGCUAGAAGUUUCAUUCCUCAUUGGGCACCAAGGCACCCGAAUUGAAACUAUACGAAGAGAAUCUCAGGCGACCAUAAAGAUCCUGCCCAUUUCUCAAAGGCUAAAAAGCCACCAAAUUACUGCGCCUACCUCUGUUCUUCAACAAUUGUGUAUUACUGGUGAUCUGCAAGCCGUUGCAACGGCUCUGAGUCUUAUUGAAUACCAUCUGUCUCAUCAUCGUCUCAAUUGGAAACGGAAGAUUUAG